GCAAUGGCGUACAAUGCGGAACCAAAAGCCACACAAGGAAGGAGAGCACGCCAGGAGGCUUCCUGCUUGUCAGUUGACUGCGAAAAGGCCGGAAAUUAAGCUUCAACAUUAACGCUCUUUGAUUCUAUAGGAAUUCGCCGUUUUCUUUCAUUAGCGAAAUGUCGAAGAACGUUAUGUCUGCCCGCUUUAGGCGAGUGGACGUGGACGAGUACGACGAGAACAAAUUUGUAGACGAGGAGGACGGAGGGGAGAACCAGCUGGGUCCCGACGAGGCGGAGGUGGACUCUCUCGUCAGACAAGGUGACAACAUGGCAGCUCUACACGCUGUUCUCAAGAACCCACCAAUCAACACCAAGAACCAGAACGUCAAGGUGGGUCUUGGUUCUUCAUGCCAUUUUGUCAUCUGGUGCAGUGUUUGGAUCAUCCCAGCUCUUUCCAUUUCUCACCAGGACCGUGCGGAGAACUUGGUGCUGAAAGUGCUCAGCGCCUUCAAGAGCAGCGACAUUGAGAAAGGAGUUCAGUCACUGGACAAAAAUGGAGUGGACCUGCUGAUGAAAUACAUUUACAAAGGCUUUGAGAGGCCAUCGGAAAAUAGCAGCGCUGUCCUCCUACAGUGGCAUGAAAAGGCACUGGCCGCCGGAGGAGUGGGCAGCAUUGUUCGGGUGCUGACAGCCAGGAAGACGGUCUAAAAUUAGGAGCACAUGUUUGACACACACAAUGUAAAACGGACUACAUGGAAAAUCAGAUGAGUGAACCCGGUAGGAUUGUGUCAAAUUGCUUGACUAAAUCUUAUCUGGGUCACAAUAGGUUCUAAAAGAAAUGGGCACUGUUAUCCACGUGCUCAAAGUCAUGUUUGUCACUAAGUGCACACAUCUUCAAUCCACCGUUUGUGUUUCUAGGAGUUUUUCCAACUAGGACUAAUGGCCCUCAGUAGUUCUUUUACAUUGUUCAACAGAAAUAUGUUCUUUUUUCUGCGUUUUAACCACCUCAUGACCAAAUCCCAACUGCGUUCAAGUGUUUUAAAGGAUUUUGAACAAGAUCAGCAUUCGUGCUUUGUGAGAAAGACCAAUAGGUGAUAAAUAUUUUUUGGCCUGUGUGUGUGUGUAAGCACAUAGAGAAAUUGUCAAUUUAAAAAAAGAAUUGGGCUUUAACCCUGUGUUGUUUUUGUAUAUUUUGUGUGUUAAGUUCAAAUACAACGCACAUCGAUUUGUCUUUUCUUUACGUUAUUAUCCCCAGCAUUUUGUGUUGUCUGCCUUAUGGGCAGAGCUCAUCUGUUGCCAAAUGAAACCAUUAGGUUCAGUUAACAAUUACUUAGACGCCCUUGUAUAGUAAACAUAAUACCAUGGACAUAAAUACAACUAUUUAAGUGCAGCAACCCUUUUUAGAGGCAAUAAUGCAUUCCCUCUACAGUUUUGGAUUUCUCUGCUUAUUUCCAAUCACUGAUGCUUGAAGUUUCCUCAUUGAUCCACCAAAGCUUCACUACUCUUGACUUUAUUUUCAUUCACUGAAAAGAAGUCAUAAUAGUUUAGUCAUGUCAUCAGGUGGUUAUGCAUCUUAACAUGCUAGAUGUAUUUUCUAAUGCAGUAUAGGCUGUUUUGACAUGAGCAGAACUACACAGCUUCUGCUUCAUGUUUCUAGUCGCAGGGUGAGGAGUGAAGGAAACAUACCAAACUGAUGUAUAAAAAAUUGCCUUAUAAAAUAUUCCUUUUUUAUGUUUGUGCUUUUUUGACAAAAAACAAAUAAAUGGUAUGAAUGCUGGAUUAAA